UUCAAUUUCAGGAUUAGUUCGGUAUAACUCGGUGCAUUCAUCGUGGUUCAUCGCUAAUUGGCUGUACCAUUUUACUGCCAUGCUGCCACUGUUCUUUGUUUCAGCCACGAGACAAAUAGAAGCCUAUCUAAAAGAGAAGAGAAUGCGUUUGACGUUCUGUAUUCCCCUCAAACGGAACGAAUUAUUGGACCUUUGCAUAGGUAUAUAUAUAUGUGUGUAAUCGUAAUAGCGUGAGAUUCCAUGAAAAUCUGCCUAGCAUCGUCUCAUCAACGUGCGCACAUAUGAAAAUACGACUUUCAAGAGAGUUGCGAGUGUGGUACCGAACUAUACUCUAAACGUCGCGUAAAUGGCGAAAUAUAUACGACGACACUAGGGCAAAGUGAGAUCUUUUCGUUCGGAGGAGUGCUUUGUCAGUCCGUUGGUCCGAUCAGAUUUUUGUGUCGCUGACGGACCAAGUACGACGACACGGUUACGUUGUUUUUCGAAGUGGAAAACGACACGUCUUUGGAAGGAUGGCGACCUGACCCCUUCCGAAUAAUGGAAUACUGUGCACAACGAUUGUCAGUUUGAAAUACGUUCAAUUGGUGCUAUUAAGCUUACAAGAUGACUGAUGUUGAUCCUGAAACUUUAUUGGAAUGGCUUAGUAUGGGCCAAGGAGAUGAAAGAGACAUGCAGCUAAUUGCUCUAGAGCAAUUGUGCAUGUUGCUGCUUAUGUCUGAUAAUGUUGAUCGAUGCUUUGAAUGCUGUCCUCCACGCACAUUUCUUCCUGCAUUAUGUAGAAUCUUUUUGGAUGAACUUGCACCGGAUAGCGUUUUAGAAGUAACUGCUCGGGCUAUUACAUAUUAUUUGGAUGUUUCUGCAGAAUGUACUCGCAGAGUAGUAGCUAUGGAAGGUGCUGUAAAAGCUAUUUGCAGUCGCCUAUCUGGAGCUGGAUUAGGUUCCAGAACUAGUCGGGAUUUAGCUGAACAGUGCAUAAAGGUAUUAGAACUUGUUUGUGCAAGAGAAGCUGGUGCUGUAUUCGAAGCUGGUGGCCUUCCAUGUGCCUUGUGCUUUAUUCGAGAGCAUGGAGCUCGUGUCCACCGGGACACAUUACAUUCUGCGAUGGCUGUAGUUACCCGUUUAUGCGGAAAAGUGGAACCUCAAGAUAAAUCAUUACCGGAUUGCGUUGAAGCUUUAUCGACGUUACUUAGACACGAAGAUGCACAUGUAGCUGAUGGAGCGCUUCGUUGUUUUGCAUCGUUAGCUGAUAGAUAUUCACGGAGAAAUACAGAUCCGGCUCCAUUAGCAUGCAAUGGAUUAGUUUCCGAACUCUUACAUAUAUCUAUUUAUGUUCACAAUUUCUCGCAAAUCACUUGCAGCAUUGCAUAUGUAACAUCUUCUUGCAGGCUAUCCAAUGCCGCAGGGCCUGGCACAUCUAUAGCAGUUACUUCUGGAAAUCCAAAAACACCUCCCCCUUCUAGUACCGCAUCGACGAUUCCUGCUCCAGAAGCAAAUUCUUGUGCUUCUGUUUCUACUAUAAUUAGUCUUUUGUCAACACUUUGUAGAGGAUCACCUUCUAUAACUCACGACCUCCUACGUUCCGAAUUACCAGAUGCGAUCGAAAAAGCUUUAAAAGGAGACGAGCGAUGCGCUCUCGAUUCUAUGAGAUUAGUCGAUUUAUUAUUGGUUUUGCUAUUCGAAGGCAGGUCGGCGUUAGGUCGUAAUACAACGGGAGGUCAACCAGGCCCUUUGUUACCACGAUUCAGGCGUAUGGACAGUGCCGGAGAAAAGUCUCAUAGACAAUUAAUCGACUGUAUUCGAUCAAAAGAUACAGACGCGCUAAUAGAAGCUAUAGAUUCUGGAGGCAUCGAAGUAAAUUUUAUGGACGAUGUUGGGCAAACGUUGCUCAACUGGGCAUCCGCUUUUGGAACUCAGGAGAUGGUUGAAUUUUUAUGCUACAGGGGAGCAGAUGUUAAUAAAGGUCAAAGGUCGUCUAGUUUGCAUUAUGCUGCUUGCUUUGGGAGACCAGCUAUUGCUAAAGUAUUGCUUAAGUACGGGGCGAAUCCUGAUUUACGCGAUGAAGAUGGGAAAACACCAUUAGAUAAAGCCAGAGAACGCGUUGACGAAGGGCACAGAGAAGUGGCAGCUAUAUUGCAAUCCCCUGGAGAAUGGAUGUUACCGAAUCAAGAACACAGAAAGCCAGAAACGGAAACAGAAUUCACGGAACCAAAAGGUGAUCCCGAAAUGGCACCAGUAUAUUUAAAACGGCUCUUGCCGGUAUUUUGUGCGACAUUUCAAUCGUCUAUGUUGCCCAGUGUUAGGAAAGCCAGUUUAAGUUUAAUUAGAAAGAUGGUGCACUAUAUUCAACCAGAAUUACUUGUUGAAACAUGUGGUUCUGAUAGAACAGGAGGUUGUGGAGCUAUGCUCGUGGAAGUGAUUGCCAAUGUGCUGGAUAACGAGGAGGAUGAAGACGGACACUUAGUGGUUUUACAAAUGAUACAAGAUUUGAUGAUAAAAGGCAAAGAUGAAUUUCUAGAACAUUUUGCACGUCUGGGAGUCUUUUCGAAAGUGGCCGCAUUAGCUGGAUCGCAAGAGAUCACGCCGGAACCGGAAAUCGAAACGAGUCAGUCCGGAGAAGAGCAAAGAAUGGAAGAUGCGAAAGAGCUUUUGGUCGGAAGAGCUUAUCAUUGGAGAGAUUGGUGCAUCUGCAGAGGACGCGAUUGCUUGUACGUUUGGUCCGAUGCAGCAGCUUUAGAAUUGUCGAAUGGAAGUAACGGAUGGUUCAGGUUCAUACUCGACGGGAAAUUAGCAACAAUGUACUCCAGCGGAAGCCCCGAAGGCGGAACCGACACCUCAGAGAAUCGUGGUGAAUUUUUGGAAAAACUGCAAAGAGCGCGUAACCAAGUAAAACCAAAUUCGGCGAGUCAGCCUGUGCUGUCGCGUCCCGGUACGACUCGACUGGUCGUAGGAAAUUGGGCAUUAUCCAGCAGAAAGGAAAGCGAAUUGUGUAUACAUAAUAGCGACGGUUUGCAACAAGCAACUAUUUUAAGAGAAGAUUUGCCAGGUUUUAUUUUUGAAUCGAAUCGAGGUACAAAGCAUUCCUUUACGGCAGAAACAAGUUUGGGUCCAGAAUUUGCAGCAGGUUGGGCUGGCAAAAGAGGCAAGAGAUUAAGAUCUAAGAUCGAGGCCAUUAAACAGAAAGUUAAAGUACAAGCUCAGGAUAUUUAUGAACGUUAUUUCAAGGCUGCUCAGGCACAGCCGCGCGGAGUGGUCGCUAAACUGGGAAUAAUUGUUAGUCAAAUAGAAAAAGCUUGUCAAAAGCAACAGUCUGGAAACCGCGAAUGGCGUAAUAUAUUACAAAGCGCGCUAGAGGAACUUAAAAUUUUGUUAAACGAGGAAGGAAGAGUGUCUGCGUAUGAGUUACAUUCUAGUGGUCUGGUACAAGCAUUGCUUGCUCUAUUAGCGGCUCCACCAGGACCACAACCACCAACGUUGAGAGCCACGAAGCUCAGAAUGCAACGAAUAGCAGUAUUCAAAAAUUGUUUCCACACGGCGGACAUUAAUAAAGAAUGCAACUCCGCUAAAAUUCUAGUCCAUAAAUUGGUUUCAGUCUUAGAGUCUAUUGAAAAAUUACCCGUGUAUUUGUACGAUACGCCAGGUUCCGGUUACGGUUUACAAAUUUUAACUAGAAGAUUGCGUUUCCGUUUAGAGAAGGCAGCUGGCGAAAGCUCUCUAAUAGAUAGAUCUGGCCGGAGUUUAAAGAUGGAACCGUUGAGCACUAUACAGCAGCUAGAGAAUUAUUUAUUAAAGAUGGUAGCGAAACAGUGGCACGAUCACGACAGAUCGACAUUUACAUUCGUGAAGAAACUGAGAGAGGUAAAUAGAAUUACUUUCAAGUAUCAGUACGACUUCGAUGAGAACGGUUUGUUGUAUUGGAUCGGUACAAAUGCAAAGACUUGCUCCGAGUGGGUGAAUCCCGGACAGUACGGUUUGGUUGUUGUUACAUCGAGCGACGGAGGAAAUCUGCCGUAUGGUCAUCUCGAAGACAUUCUAAGUCGCGAUCCAUCGGCGUUAAAUUGCCACACGAACGACGACAAGCGCGCGUGGUUUUCAAUCGAUUUAGGCGUUUGGAUCAUACCCACUGCAUACACAUUGAGACACGCCAGGGGCUAUGGCAGGAGUGCAUUGCGAAAUUGGACGUUUCAAGCAUCGAAGGACGGUGUAAGAUGGACUACUCUGUACGCUCACGUGGACGAUUCGUCGUUGAAUGAACCUGGCAGUACAGCCACUUGGACGUUAGAGCCGCCGAUCGACGAAACGCAAGGCUGGCGCCAUUUACGGUUACAACAAAUUGGGAAGAACGCUUCCGGGCAGACGCAUUACUUGUCCGUGUCCGGAUUCGAAGUUUACGGCGAAGUUACCGGCGUUUGCGAAGACUUCGGACGUGCAGCUAGAGAAGCGGAGCCUGGAGUACGGAAACAACGGAGAUUAAUCAAGGCUCAAGUAAUUCGUCAUUUCGUCGCUGGCGCUAGAGUAGCUAGAGGCUUGGAUUGGAAGUGGAAAGAUCAAGAUGGUGUGCCGCCGGGAACAGUAACAGGGGAAUUACAUAACGGUUGGAUAGAUGUAACAUGGGAUCACGGUGGUUCCAAUUCUUACAGAAUGGGUGCAGAAUUAAAGUACGAUUUAAGAUUAGUAGGUAUCGGCCUUGAUACAGAUAGCGAAACGAAAAAUAAAAGCGGCGGUGGAGUUUUAACAGGACGAAAGUCUAGUAGCACUCCUAGUUUACCAGAUUGCACCGAUACCGCAAUGCGUAGCUCGGUAGCGUCGACGGAUCAAGCAGCAAGCGCGGACAAUCUGGCAGCUAAGCAGGCUGCUGAAUCGAUAGCAGAAAGUGUGUUGUCGGUUGCUCGCGCUGAGGCGGUUGUUGCUGUAACCGGUGAAGGUGGGGCAAAUUCAACGAGUGAAUUGUCUGUUGUAUUACAUCCAAGGCCUGACACUACCGUGACAAGUGAUCUGGCAACAAUCGUUGAGAGUCUUGCCCUUAAUACUGUCCGUUCCGCCAAUAGUAACAGCAAUCGUGCAUCUAGUAGUUCAAAACCACUGUUUGCUACCGUGCGAGGGAAUAAGCAAGGGGCAAGUUUAAUGGGUUUGGAAGCUGCUGAACCACUGGACCGUGUCAGAGAAGGAGCUGAUAGAUUACGCAAUAACACUAAUAGCUUUUUAAGCGGAGAGUUACUUAAUUUUGUGCCUGUAAGAAUCAGCGUAUCGGGCGAAUCGGAGGAGAACUCAUUGAGGAUUAAACCCGUUCAAAGACAUCACUCCGGAAUUGCUGAUGCUGCCAAAGAAUGCAGUCGGGACAAAGAGGCUAGCUCAUCGACGCAAAAUACAACAGGAGGGUGUCCUGUUGUUGUUACCAAUCCCAUGUCUGUGUCUGUCCCCAACCUUGCUUGUUCAGAUGCUAACAAUGCUUUGGAACCAACAAGUGCUACUGGUUUAUUGGAAACUUUCGCGGCAAUGUCUCGGAGACGAACAUUGGGACCUACAGGCGGACAACACAUUGCUUCCAAUUCUAAUACUGGUUCUAUUUCACGCGGAUCUGCUUGCGUAUCGACUUUAGUUCGACUCGCUCUCAACUCUAAUUUUCCUGGCGGCUUACUGAGCACAGCUCAAAGUUAUCCGAGCUUGACCAGCAGCGGUCAGGUAGCUGGUAGCGGUGUUACAACAACAACUGGACCUGGCUUAGGACAAGCACUAACAAUGUCAUUAACUAGUACAAGUAGCGACAGCGAACAGGUGAGUCUUGAGGACUUUUUGGAAUCUUGUAGGGCAGGAGGCGGACCAACCCUUUUGACCGAAUUAGAAGACGAUGACGACGGCGUUCUCGAAGAAGAAGAGGAUAACGAUGAGAAUGAUCAAGAAAAUGAAGAAGAAGGAGAUGGCUGCGAAGCUGAUUACGAAGAGGUAAUGGUAAGUCGUAGCCUGUUGGCCGCAUUUAUGGAAGAAGAAACCCCUCAAAGUAGUAAGAGGCGCGCCUGGGAUGACGAGUUUAUUUUGAAACGUCACUUCUCAGCGUUGAUUCCUGCUUUCGAUCCACGACCUGGACGAACAAAUAUUAAUCAGACCACAGAUUUGGAAGUUCCGUCACCUGGCAGUGAAACUCAAUCAAGCGCGCGCGUAGGAUCAUUGCCUAUGCCGAGGCUUGCUUUAAAAUUGAAGGGCCCAGGACUUCCAAGCGUGCCAGACGUUGAAUUACCACUCACAGAACCACACUCUAGUAUCUUUCAAGCUGUACAGGAAUUAAUGCAAUUGACAGAAUUAGGCAGCCGGCAAGAAAAACUACGAAGAAUAUGGGAACCAAUUUACACUAUAAUAUAUAAAGAAGCUAGGGACGAGGAAUCGUCCGGUAGGGCAACUCCCAUUGUAACACUGUAUUCUCGCAAUACAGCUCAAAAUUCUUCAGUAUGUACCGUAGAAGAUGUAUUGCAACUCCUACGACACGUUUACGUAUUAAGUACUACUCGCGACGACUGUAAACACAUCGAUUACGAAGAGUCCGAAGAGUCAAUGUGUUGGGUUCAUCCAGACGACUUUACUUCGAAGAAAAUCACAAAUAAGAUAGUACAACAAAUUCAAGAUCCUUUAGCACUGGCAGCUGGAGCGUUACCGAACUGGUGCGAAGAAUUGGCAAGGAGUUGCCCGUUUUUAUUACCAUUCGAAACCAGACGGUUAUAUUUUUGUUGCACCGCGUUCGGUGCAUCGCGAUCCAUCGUGUGGCUUCAGACUUUAAGAGAUGCUGUCCUCGAACGACAAAGAGCACCUGGUUUAAGUCCGCGACGCGACGACAGUCACGAAUUUCGCGUUGGCAGACUUAAACAUGAAAGAGUCAGUGUACCUAGGGGAGAGAAAUUACUAGACUGGGCGGAACAAGUACUGAAGGUACAUGCAAGUCGAAAGAGUAUAUUAGAAGUUCAGUUUGUCGGUGAAGAAGGAACUGGUCUUGGACCAACAUUGGAAUUCUUCGCGUUAGUCGCUGCAGAGUUGCAACGCAAAGAUCUAGGCUUGUGGCUAUGCGACGAUGAAGAAUCACCCGAUACGGAACAGUCUCGAGUUUCCGGAGAACAAGUUCGACCUGCAGGUUAUUAUGUGACUCGACCAAGUGGAUUAUUCCCGGCUCCGUUACCGCAAGAUUCCGCGGCUUGUGAUCGUGCUGUCCGAUACUUCUGGUUCUUGGGUGUAUUUUUGGCGAAAGUUCUACAAGAUAAUAGAUUAGUUGACUUACCGUUGUCCCGUCCUUUCUUAAAAUUAAUGUGUCACGGAGAUAUUACGAAUAAUGUAAAUGAAAAAAUUGGCCUUACUGGUGUCACGCAAGAAAGUAUGUCAUCCAGUAUGUCGAGUAGUUUCAUAUCAGAGGAGGGUGAAGCCGAUGCAGCGUACUCGACGUUAGAACCUUCCCCAUGGUAUGCUGGUUUAUUGGACAUCGACGAUCUCGUAAUCGUGGACUCGAUAAGAGGUGAAUUCUUGAAAGAAAUACAAACUGCAACUUCUAAACGCGACAGAACGUUCUCCGACGGUCGUAGCUCCGCCGACGAAGACACAUCUCUUUAUAUUACCCACACAUCUGGAAUGUCAGUGCCUAUUGAAGACUUGGCUCUAACAAUGACAUAUUCUCCAAGUUCUAAAAUCUUUGGACACGAUCAGUUAGAGUUGGUGGAAGGGGGUGCAGAGACUUUAGUUACUAUGGAGAAUGCAAGAGAAUAUUCUGAAAGGACAAUUAAUUAUUGUCUUGAUAAAGGAAUUUCUAGACAACUGGAAUCAUUCAAAUCCGGCUUCUCGAAGGUCUUCCCGAUGGAGAAACUUCAUGCUUUCAGCCCAGAAGAAAUAAGAGCUAUGCUUUGCGGAGAACAAAAUCCACAAUGGACCAGAGAAGAUUUGCUCAAUUAUACCGAGCCAAAAUUGGGUUACACGAGAGAAAGUCCUGGGUUCCAGAGAUUCGUCAACGUUCUAGUUUCACUGACUGGUCCAGAGAGAAAGGCUUUCUUACAAUUUGCCACUGGAUGUUCAGCUUUACCUCCUGGAGGAUUAUGUAAUUUACAUCCAAGAUUGACUGUAGUGCGAAAAGUGGAUGCUGGUUCAGGUGGUUAUCCCUCUGUUAACACCUGUGUUCAUUAUUUAAAAUUACCGGAGUAUCCUACCGAAGAACAACUUAAAGAAAGACUCUUAGCUGCGACUAGGGAAAGAGGAUUUCACUUAAAUUAAUCUUGUUUCUACCGGGGCAAGGUACUGCGACGAUAAUAUAAUCAGAAAUACUCGCUCUCAAAGUGUGCGAAUUGAACUUUGCUUAACAGAUGGGAUCGUGCAAUCUACGUACGUAAGCAGAGUUUGGCCUUGAUGUUAUUUGAAAAAAACCUAAACCAAUUGUCCAAUAGAAAUCAGUACAGGUUAAAAGAAAGAUUUAAUAUUAAACCUGGAACGGAAACGUGUAUAUCGUAUAAAAUUGUUCGAGUCGACGAGGGUUUUCGAUGUACCACGAAUAUUUGAGCGUGUAAAUUAUGUCUCUAAUACACUUCAAAAGAAAUCUAUAAUGCAACAAGAUAUCGUCGUAUCUCGUUGUCAGUCCAAGAUUCUUUAAUAAUGAACUACUUCUUAAAUCUAUACAAUAAAAUUUAUUACAUAAAUAAUAAAAGAAUUACUUUAUAAUUCGAAAUGUUUGGAGGUUGUCCGUUCCAGGUGUCGGUCAUAUGAUAUAGUAACGAGUUUUGUCCAAUACAAUAGAAAUUGUAUUUUCUCAAGAAACGUAAUUCACGCGAGUGUUUUCAAGUAUAUUUGCUGUCCUUGUGGAACAAGAACUUUACAGUUCCUCAUUUUAGAACGAAUGUUCGUACUGUCUUCUUUGUGAAGUAUUGUUGUGCUUGGAAAGUGAUUCAUAUUAUAAGAAAAAAGAGGCACCUUUGAUGAAAAUUUCUAUUUUCUUUAUCAAAAUGUCUCUGCGGUACACAUACACGUCGUUAUUGAAACGCGCGAGAUGUAAAUCAAAAUUGACUUGUGCAAAGUGCUAAGUUUUUAUUAAUCACAAUGAGAACGAUGUUUUUUAGCAUCUAGACCAAUUUUCACAGCUUCAAAUGCUUGUCCUUUUAACCAAACAUUAGCGCAUCACCAUCCUUAUAAAGACGCACGAGUGUCUUUUUAAAUAUAAGUAAAAAAAAAAAAAAGGCAACAAGAAAGAUAAGAAGUAUAAACGUUUUGAUGAAAGCAUUAUGAAGAUUGGCAAGCUGAGCACUCUGCAUCUUUGUACAAUAUGCUACUUAAUGCUCACUCGAUAAUUAUAAUUAUAGGUGGAAAUCAGUAUACUUGUAAUAAUAGUGUCUAGAAGAAAAGAUAUGAAGAUAAUAUAAAUGUGAAAAAAAGAUUGAUUAAUAAUAUCGAUAUGAGAAAUAGUUACUAUUACUGUAAUAUAAAUUAUUAUUGAUUCUUGGGGAAAAGAAUAAAAGAAAAAAAACGUU